AUGGCUGACCUUAGUAUAUUAACAUCUACUACUGAGAGGACUAGCUUGGCAGACUCUUCCAUUUUUGAUUCUAAGGUUACUGAAAGUUCCAAGGAAAACUUAUUUAUUGAAUCUACUUCAUGUGUUGAAGAAGAAAUGCCUCAGAUUGAAACAAGAGUGGUAAUGGUUCAAGAAGCUGGAAAACAAGAAGAAGUUAUACAAGCAUUAAAGACUAUUAAAAUAAUGGAAGUCCCAGUUUUAAAGAUAAAAGAAAGUUGUCCUGGAAAGUCGGAUGAAAAAUUAAUAAAAAGUGUUAUUAAUAUGGAAAUUAAAGUACCGUAUAUAAAGAUGGACUCAUUAGAAGAAUUUGAAAGUUUGGAUUCCCCAGAAUUCGAGAAUGUAUUCGUACUCAUGGACUUCCAGAAUUCUGUCUUUAAUGAUUUAUACAAGGCUGACUGUAGAAUUAUUGGACCACCAGUUGUAUUAAACUCUGCACAAAAAGGAGAGCCUUUGCCAUUUUCCUGUCGCCCACUGUAUUGCACAAGUAUGAUGAAUCUAGUGUUAUGUUUUACUGGAUUCAGGAAGAAAGAGGAACUAGUCAGAUUGGUGACAUUGGUUCAUCAUAUGGGUGGAGUUAUUCGAAAAGACUUUAAUUCAAAAGUCACACAUUUGGUGGCAAAUUGUACAGCAGGAGAAAAAUUCAGGGUUGCUGUUAGUUUGGGUACUCCAAUUAUGAAGCCAGAUUGGAUUUACAAAGCAUGGGAAAGGCGGAAUGAGCAAGAUUUCUGUGCAUCAGUUGAUGACUUUAGAAAUGAAUUUAAAGUUCCUCCAUUUCAAGAUUGCAUUUUGAGUUUCCUGGGAUUCUCAGAUGAAGAGAAAACCAAUAUGGAAGAAAUGACAGAAAUGCAAGGAGGUAGCUAUUUAGCAGUUGGAGAUGAAAGAUGCACUCACCUAAUAGUUGAAGAGAAUACAGUAAAAGAACUUCCAUUUGAACCUUCAAAGAAACUUUACGUUGUCAAGCAAGAGUGGUUCUGGGGAAGCAUUCAAAUGGAUGCUCGUGCUGGAGAAACUAUGUAUUUGUAUGAAAAGGCCAAUACUCCUGAACUCAAGAAAUCAGUGUCACUGCUUUCUCUAAGUACCCCAAACAGUAAUCGCAAAAGACGUCGUUUAAAAGAGACACUUGCUCAGCUUUCAAGAGAGACAGACAUGUCACCUUUUCCUCCCCGAAAGCGUCCGUCAGCUGAACAUUCCCUUUCUAUAGGGUCACUCCUAGAUAUCUCCAACACACCAGAGUCUAGCAUUAAUUAUGGAGAAACACCGAAGUCUUGUAAUACAUCUUCUAAAAAUUCCACUCCCAUUCCUUCAAAGCAGUCAGCCAGGUGGCAAGUUGCGAAAGAGCUCUAUCAGACUGAAAGUAAUUAUGUAAAUAUUUUGGCAACAAUUAUUCAAUUAUUUCAGGUACCCUUGGAAGAGGAAGGACAGCGUGGUGGGCCUAUCCUUGCACCAGAAGAGAUUAAGACUAUUUUUGGUAGCAUCCCGGAUAUCUUUGAUGUACACACUAAGAUAAAGGAUGAUCUUGAAGACCUUAUAAUUAAUUGGGAUGAGAGCAAAAGCAUUGGUGAUAUCUUUCUUAAAUAUUCAAAAGAUUUGGUAAAAACCUACCCUCCCUUUGUAAACUUCUUUGAAAUGAGCAAGGAUACUAUUAUUAAAUGUGAAAAACAGAAACCCAGAUUUCAUGCAUUUCUCAAGAUAAAUCAAGCUAAACCAGAAUGUGGACGGCAAAGCCUUGUUGAACUUCUCAUUCGACCAGUACAGAGGUUACCCAGUGUUGCAUUACUUUUAAAUGAUCUUAAGAAGCAUACAGCUGAUGAAAAUCCUGACAAAAGCACUUUAGAAAAAGCUAUUGGAUCACUUAAAGAAGUAAUGACGCAUAUCAAUGAGGAUAAGAGAAAAACAGAAGCACAAAAGCAAAUUUUUGAUGUUGUUUAUGAAGUAGAUGGAUGCCCAGCUAAUCUUUUAUCUUCUCACCGAAGCUUAGUGCAACGAGUYGAAACAAUUUCUCUAGGUGAGCACCCCUGUGACAGAGGAGAACAAGUGACUCUUUUCCUCUUCAAUGACUGCCUUGAGAUAGCAAGAAAACGGCACAAAGUUAUUGGCACUUUUAGGAGUCCUCACGGCCAUGCCCGACCUCCAGCUUCCCUUAAGCAUAUUCACCUAAUGCCUCUUUCUCAGAUUAAGAAGGUGCUGGACAUAAGAGAGACAGAAGAUUGCCAUAAUGCUUUUGCCUUGCUUGUGAGGCCACCGACAGAGCAGGCAAAUGUGCUGCUAAGUUUCCAGAUGACAUCAGAUGAACUUCCAAAAGAAAACUGGUUAAAGAUGCUGUGUCGACAUGUAGCCAACACCAUUUGUAAAGCAGAUGCC